UAAUCAUUUAAAUGUAAGAUGAUAAAACUUAUAAAACAAUGAAAUUGAGUUAAUGCAUAACAUUAAACACUUAGUCUUUUUACUUUGUUCAUAAUUGUUAUCAUCGAUCAAAACACAAAGAUCAACAAUGCUUCGGUCAAUGCACACAUUGUAAAAAAAUGGCCGGCAGACAACAAUUGAAGGCGAAGGGUAACAAAUGGUUUUCCAAUUGAGGCAGAAUUUAAGCAACAUGUUGCAACCUAAAGAUGGCAAAAUAUCUUGAUAAUUGUUUUUCGGCCUAAGAUAUUAUAACAUUGGCGUGUCUAUCUUAGCCAUAGAAUUGGAAUUAGGGGAUCUAAUCUCCUCCAGCUGGGUGAAUUUCUUAUCUGAUCCACCCGCUGAUGGUCACAAAUACUAUUUUCUUAUUCUUCCUCCACCUAUUCCUAUUAACAUUACUUCAAGAAUCAUGUAUUCUACCUCCCCUAAAAGAAAACGAAAUAUUCGCCAACUUGCCACAAACCAAGACCAUCUCCUCCAGCUUAUAAGGAACUAGCUAGCUUAGCAUUAUCUUGUCCAUACCAUUCACUUGAGUACUUGACUUUGCUAGCUCACAACCCUCUAUCCCUAUUAAUCAAUAAUGGCCUCAUGGACUACAAGGCAAAACAAGAAGUUUGAAGAGGCUUUGGCUUUAUUUGACAAGGAAACUCCUGACCGCUGGCAUAACAUUGCCAGGUGUGUAGGUGGAAAAUCAGCAGAGGAAGUGAGGAGGCAUUAUGAGUUGCUUGUGAAGGAUAUCAUGCAAAUUGAAAACGGCCAUGUACCUUUACCUAAUUACAAAGCCGUUGAAAGCAAUAGCAGGUAUGCCAAUGAACAAAGGCUUCUGAAGAACCUGAAGCUACGGUGAGAACAAAUUUGCAGCCAAUGCUCAAUAACAUCACAUGUUCUCCAUUAAAUGUCAAAGCAUUUAAAUUGUGAAUUCAUGUCUGAGUUUAUGAAGAAAGCAAAAUGUAUGACUACAUUAUUGUCCAUCUCUAAUCCAUUUAACUUCGAUCUUAGUGUGUAAUGUUUCUCAAAUGUAUAAUAUAUAGAUAUAUAUAAUGUCUGCUUCACUUCUAUCUUAGUGUAUUUUAUUCCAAAAAUCAAACUAAAAAUACACGCUUCAAAAUAAGAACAUUUUAAUUACAUGAAUCAAACAGGAGAAGGUAGU